AUGAGUGCCACAUCACUACCGCCAACCUGUGGCGAGGUGAUGAAUGUGCCGGGCAUUCCCUGCGUGGGUUGUGUCUCGGUACUUCAUUACAAUACACACACUGCCACCGGCUUUUCUUGUUGUGUUAUUGCGUCUCAGGAGGAAGUGUGUGUGUUGGGGCCGGAUAUGCACAGAGGCGGCGGGGCAUUGACGUCUGUGCAGCUCUGGCGUAUAAAAUCACAGAGAAAAACAGCACAGAUCACAUCCCUAGUGGCAUUUCUACUAACACCACCCACAUUAUCAUCAUCAUCAUUAUCACCAUCACCACCGCCGCCAAGGUCUUCAGAAGAAAUGGGGGAAGAAUCAGUAAUAAUAGAUGAAGUGUGUGCUGUUGUUUCCUGGGAAGAACAAAAUGAAGAAGAAAGUGAACCAAAUUAUCAUAUAACUGCACUUUUCUUUCCACUGGUUCGUACAUUGUUAUCGGAAGAGGAUGUACCAGUCGUGGUGAAGGAAACAUCAUUUCUUCAUGAGAGGGGUCAGCAACGUGUUUUUCGAUUGUUCUAUCACCCACAAUUUUCUAUGAACUUUAGUGAAGGCAUUCACGUCGUACUCUGUAGUUGCUAUAAUGAACAAGCGGAAAAGGAAAAUCUUCUUUCGCAUAGUGAAGAACGUAAUCGGCAUGUUCUAACUCCUGGUGACUCACGUGGUGUCUUUUCAGGGGCAUUCUCCUUUCUUGUAUGUAGUUCAACUGCGGGUGAGUACUCCAGAUGGGAAGUGGCGUGGCAUCACACACCACCUGCCUGUGUGGCUUCAUGGAUGGUGCGAUCCCCAUGUAAUGGUGUGAUCUGCUCUGUGGCGGUACAACAACAACAAAAACAACAAAAACAAGAACGAGAAGAACAACAACAAACAUCUCAUGUGAUGUGUGCAAUGGGAACUACGAACGGUCGUGUGGUACUUCUUCGCGCUGAUGGUAGCAGUUCGACACACCGCUAUGGUGGACCCAUUGUUGAUCUUGCCUUUGUUCAUACAGGAAGUAUGCAUGGGGAUGAACGUUAUCGAAAUCGCAUCGUUACAGAACUCCUACAACAACAAUCGUUGCAAAAAACAGCAUGUACCACUUCGGCUUUUACACUAAAGAAUACACAGUGUGAAAAAAAAUCAAUGACUCUUGUCAUUCUUGACGCUUUGGGUCGUGUUAUUCUCCUACAUUCUGUGAAUAAUAACAAACCGAACGUACGGGUGGUUCCUGAUAUUCAACAAUUCAUUACUCUUCCUGGGAAUGGUAUAUCGCUUGGAAUCAACUCAAUUGACAACCAUGUCACCAAAGAACCAGUAGUUGACGGUUCAGUUGCCAUAAGUUCAAAGAAUUUUUUUGACAUCUCCUCACUUCGUCUUUUCUUCCUUCGUCGAAAGACAAAAGAUGUUCGGCAUGAGCUGCGAGAGAGAACUGUUAGUCACAUCUCUACAAGUGAUUCAGGUGUCAUUCAACGCCCUGUACGCGACAAUGCUUUCCUCGCAGGACAUGUUCUCAGUCGAGGUCUUUUGUGCCUUGCCACAACAGCAGGACCCUGGGGACGAGUGGAGCUAAUGGUUAGCACUAUGGGUCAAUCAAUAGUCUCUAUUCCUUUUGAUAAAAACGAUGGGACUUUUUCCAUUGCAGGAUUUGUUGUAACUCCAGAACCAAUGUUUUUCGUUGGUCUUGUGGAUUUUUACAACACAGGUGUGGAGGAGCUUGUGAUGGCAGGAAGGUAUCACAUACUUGUUGCAAAUCGAUCACGUCAACAGCAGAAAGCCAAGGCGGCGUUGCUACUAAGACUUCUUUCAAAGGCUGAGUGA